AUGGCAAAGAGAAGAUUAGAAGAAUCUGAGGAGAUGAGUGAACAUAUCCAGGAAUCAGAAACAACCAUCAAUUCAAGCUUUGUUGAAGAUAUAGUGGCUAGUUCUGUUGAUUUAGAAGACUUUGGAACUGCGAAAGAGGAAGACUUUGAUGAUGAUGUGCCUACUCAGCCAAAUAUCGAAGUGACCGUUCCUCCGCUUCUAACAUCGACUGUUUUCCAACUAGAGCUGUCAAAUUUGCUUGUAGAAUUCCUCGGAAAGUCUGAAAAGUACAUCAAAGCUAUAAAAGCUAUGUGUUCUCUCAAUUUUGAAUCGAUUGAAAUUGAGUUCGAAGACUUAAGACCGUUCCAUGAUAGCCUUGAAAAAGACCCUGUAAACUUCAUUAAAGUGCUUGGAGAUGCUCUUGGUAAGGUAACUCGUGGAUAUUUUCCAAAUUACCAUUUAAUUAAGCCAAUCAUUCAUGGAAGGAUUGUGAAUCUACCGAUAAUUGAAAAGAUCAGAGAUCUUAGAAACGCUCAUUUGAAUAAGCUGAUAAGAAUCAAUGGCGUAGUUACGAGGAGAUCGGGCGUGUUUUCUUUAUACUCAAUUGUUAAGUUUACCUGUACCAAAUGUAAGGCUACGUUUGGGCCUUUUGUAGGACAAGAUAUUAAGCCUACAGCAUGUUUUGAGUGUCAAUGCUCAGGACCGUUUAUUAUUAACACCAACGAAACCGUCUACAAGGACUUUCAGAAAAUUAACGUUCAGGAGAUACCCGGAACAGUCCCCUCUGGCUCUCUUCCAAGGUCUAAGGAGGUACUAUUGUACUUUGAUCUUAUAGAUUGCUGCAAACCAGGAGAUGAAAUAGAUAUUGUUGGGGUAUAUCAAAAUAAUUUUUCAAUAAGCUUGAACAUUAAAAAUGGAUUUCCGGUGUUUUCUACAAUGAUUGAAGCAUCGAGUAUUAAGAAGAAGAUUACAAAGCUGGAAAUGACAGAGGAGGAUAUAAAAGAAAUAAGGGAGAUUGCGCGGAACCCCAGUGUUAUCGAUAUUUUGAUUGACAACAUUGCGCCAUCUAUCUAUGGGCAUCGAGACAUAAAAACAGCAAUACUUCUAGCUAUGGUGGGCGGCCAGUCUAAGGAGAAAAAUGGAAUGAGAAUUAGGGGAGAUAUCAAUGUGCUUCUCAUGGGAGAUCCAGGCACUGCCAAGUCCCAGUUCUUGAGAUACGUGGAAAAGACCAGUUAUCGUGCUGUAAUUUCAACUGGUCAGGGAUCUUCUGCAGUAGGACUCACAGCAAGUGUACAAAAAGAUCCAGUAACCAAGGAAUGGACAUUGGAAGGUGGUGCAUUGGUUCUGGCUGAUCGAGGCGUCUGUCUGAUUGAUGAGUUUGAUAAAAUGAAUGAUACUGACAGGACGAGUAUUCAUGAAGCCAUGGAACAGCAAUCUAUUAGCAUUUCUAAGGCUGGGAUAGUGGCUACUCUCCAUGCCAGAUGCUCGGUAAUUGCAGCGGCCAAUCCAGUCAGGGGCAAGUACAAUCCGGCGAUAUCAUUUGCCCAAAAUAUUAAUCUUUCAGAUCCAAUCAUCUCCAGGUUCGAUCUGCUCUGUGUGGUUAAAGACACAAUAGAUAAGACCGAAGACACAAAAAUGGCUGAGUUUAUUCUCAAUUCUCACAGUGCUGGCAAAUCAGCUCCGACAAAUACUCUGCGAUCCAAUGGUAAGAUGUCACAAGAGCUACUUAAGAAGUAUAUUUUGUAUGCUAGGAAUAACAUUGAGCCAGCCAUCUCUACAAUUGAUAUUAAAAAGAUUAGUCAUCUUUAUGCUGACUUGAGAAAGGAAAGCUUAAAUUCAGGAAUCCCCAUAACUGUCAGGCAUAUUGAAUCUAUCAUUAGAAUAAGCGAAGGAUUCGCCAAGCUACGUCUUUCAAACUCUGUUUCAAGGGGUGACAUUGAUAGAGCCAUUUCUCUGACACUUGAGUCAUUCCUGAAUGCCCAGAGGUAUUCUGUAAGUAAGCAGCUGAAGAAGAAGUUCAGUAGAUACUUCGAGGAGAAUGGUGAUGAUUUGAUGAUAUUUUUGUUGAAGCAAAUGGUUGCAGAAAGGCUUGCAGCUGUUGGAACUGAGAAUAUCAAAAAGAUUGAAUUUGAAGCCAGAUGUUCAAAUAAUGGGCUUAGCGUAAACGACAGGUUUUACAGCAGCCCAAGAUUUGUUGACGAAGGAUUUGCACUAAGAGGAGACAGAAUAUGCAGGACAUGA